UUUCGCGGCAAAAAAGGAAUUGGCGCGCAAAUGGGCUAGCGGUGGGAGCUCCAGAGAUCAGCUGGGAGGCGAAAACAAUAGCACGGCCGGAGGACUCUGCCGGGCACCAGGACGGCCUACUUUCUUCAGGAACCGGCCUGUAUCCUACCCAGUCAGCCGGGGACCGUGCUGUGCUCCCAGGACAUGCCUCCGCAAUAAUACCGCUUUGCUUUUAAUGGGAGGGGUCCCAUGCAGUCCAAUAGGAUCUGGCCUGAGAUUGAUAGAGCGCUUCUAUUAUUGAUUAAUAUAUUAAGUAUAUUGUGAACCUGCAGUAUUUCUUCAGCCUGGACUCUUAUGCUUUCUAAUUAUACAAUUGCUGUAUAUUUCUGAAUUGCACCCUUUAAGAGGUGCUCUUCCUCCUUGCAUUACUGUCUUGUGCUGCUGCAGAAUAUCUCAAGUCUCCAAAUACCAUUUCCUGCACUUGGCUGAAUUCUUAAGUUAUUUUCCCUUUUAUUUAUUUUGUUAACACUUAAGAUUCUGCUACCAAGUUGCUUUUUGUGUUUGGGCUCCUUUAAGAUCCCCUUGGUGCAUCAGUUUAAAUGCCCCAACAAUCUUUGGCAUGUUGAUGGCUAAUCCUGGAUGCAUUAUAGUCAUACAGGUUCAUGCUGUACCUGUAUUUCUGUAGGAUGAAAUGAGACUUUCCUACAGCCCCCCAAUCCUUUUGGUCUCUGACAACCCAAUAAUUCGAUUUGUUUGUAAUUCAGCUUUCAGGACAAAAAGAGCAGUGUUUUUAUUGGAACUUUUAAGAAUUGUGUUUUGAGGAAAUAUUUGCAGUGGGUUUUUUUUGAAGCUGCAGCGGAUCCCUGAAGACUUGAUUGAUCUUUUUGGAUUUGGGGAUCCAGAUCUGGUUUGGUGUAGCAGAUCCCUCUUAAAGCUUGAUCAGUACGCCUGUUGAAGACCCAUCGCAAGUCAUUCUGCUUGGAAGCUCCCAGUAAACUGCGGGUCCAUUGUUUGGAUUAAAGAGGACCACCUGUCAAAGUUCUGGGUUCUUGGCCAGCAUGGAAACUACGAAGACUGUAAGGCUGAAGGAAUAAGUCCUCUGAUCAUGUCCCAGGAGUUUGGGGUGUCUUAUGGCUGCAUUGAUGGAGAUUUUGGGACAGUUUGGGAAGCAGGUACCAUCCAUGUGGCAGAGCAGCAGAUUGUUAUUAUAUCCACUCCAGAUGUCCCAGCAGAAGGUCCUGGAAACUCUGGGCUCAGUGAAGCUGAGCUGAUGCUCUUCACCACUCCACAAGGUCCAAGUACGUCGGUUGCCGGACAGAAGCCAGCUCUUGGACGCCCGCCGGUGAAGCGGAAAUUGGAUUUGGAAGCUGGGCACAGAUACAUUCCAGAGAGGCCGCAGUCGCCACGCGUGAAGACCAGGAAUCCUGGCAGAGGUUUGGCUGUGAAGUCCCCAGGGGAGCGGUCACGUUACGAGACAUCCCUGAACCUCACCACCAAGAGAUUCCUGGAGCUACUGAGCCAGUCUCCAGAUGGGGUGGUGGAUCUCAACUGGGCGGCCCAGGUGCUGAAUGUCCAAAAGAGGAGGAUAUAUGACAUCACCAACGUGCUGGAGGGGAUCCACCUGAUCACCAAGAAAUCAAAGAACCACAUCCAGUGGCUGGGCAAUCAGUCGGUCGUGGAAUCGAGCAGUAGGUACCAGAUGCUGGUAAAGGAAUGUCAGGAUCUUCUCACCACGGAGAAGCACUUGGAUGACCUGCUCCACAUGUGCACAACUCAGCUCAAGCUGCUCACAGAAGAGUCCGAGUCUCAGCAUUCAGGAUAUGUCACCUGUCAAGAUCUCCGUAGCAUUGCAGACCCAUCGGAGAGAAUGCUGAUGGUUAUCAAGGCUCCUCCAGAAACUCAAAUGCAGGUUUCUGAUCCCAACGAGUGUCUGCAGAUCUCCUUGAAAAGCACACGUGGCCCUAUCGAUGUAUUUCUUUGCCCCGAUGACACCUCUGGGGUCUGCAGUCCAGUCAAAAGUCCUGCAAAAGCUACUCGCCCCGAGCACUCGCCGCUUACUCACAGUAGCGAGGGGUCGCCUACUCUCAAUCCGUCGCACGUCAUUGGCUUAGGUCUGCUGUCAUGCGAGCAAGAGUCUCUCCUGCCUCCAGAGACUGAUCUGCCCAUGGGAUACUCUUCCGAGGAUCUCAACCUGUCUCCUGUCACCAAUGCCGCCCUCAUGGCCGAGACCAAGGAUAACCUGUCGGCUUUUCUGAAUGAUGAGUUCAUCAGCCUGUCCCCUCCGUUGUCCCAGGAGUACCACUUUGGGUUGGAGACCGGCGAGGGCGUUAGUGAACUCUUUGACUGUGACUUCGGUGACCUGACGUCCCUGGGUUUGUAAAGAGGAGAUGAGGUCCUUUUUAUCUCUGAUACAUUCUAGCUCUUCCCCCUGCAUUAGGACCCUAGCGAAACUUACCUGAUCCUCUCGAGACUUCUCAUUCGAUUUGCAUCCGAAAGACUUUGCGACGAAGAUGUUAAUAUUAUAAGUUAAUUCAGCGCUUUGCGUACAUAUUUAAAAUGGCGUGUAUAUAUAUAAAAGCUCUUAACCCUAUGGAUGGAAAAGCACUUCAAUGUAGCUGAGUAAAGGGUGUCCAAAAGGACAAGAGCUCUAGGACCCCUGAGAACAUGGAUAGUAUGAUCAUUAAGCAUGGAUCCAGAAAUGUGGCGUGUGCUGUUAGCCUUCAAUGUCAUCUCCUUCCUACUCGAUAAUAAAAAGCACCCUUAUUUUAAAAAGUCUUCUAAUUUAUGACUUCCCACCCUAUAUUGAGUGGCAGAAUUUAUGGAGUGCAUUGAAUUUCCUUUCUUGUUUCAUCCACUCGCUGCUUAGUAAACAAGUUGGCACCAUUUGCCCUUCUUCUUGGCAUCCAGUGAGGCUUCGUACACCACUUUUCUUUAAAAUGCUAUCCAGCGGAAAUGACUUGCUACAAAUAAAUCCCCCCCCUUCCUCUAGAUUUUCACAUUUUUGUAUUUAUACUUAACCUGCCUUAGCAAAAAAUAAUUAGUAUUUAUAAGAGUGAAUUUCUUCUUGGCAAAACUUGUGUCGUAGGACUGGUUUGCUCUACUUGCAAACAUAGGGCAGACGGGAUCAAUGUGUUAGCAGAUCAUUUGGCUUAAUUUAUCUGUAAAUGUGUGGUUUGUUUUUUUUUCCCAAUAAAGAUCUUUUUCAGCUGAAAA